AUAAUUGUGUAUAUUUGUAUAUUUUUAAUGUUAAUAAUAAUUAAGUGUAAGGGAAAAAUCAAUAAAAUCUGGGAAAAAAAGAAAAAGUGCAUCGUAUCAGUGGCUGCAAGUGUUAUCUGUCAUUUGAUAACAAUUAUCUAAAGUCUAUAUAAAGUAUUGUGAAAAUGAUAAUCAGCGAAAAUAGAUAAUUAGUUCGAUAUUUAUUAAUUACUAAUCCAACCCAAUGUACUAUGCAGUGUUUGGAUAAAAAUUGAUUACCAUAAAAAAGUAAUAUGAUGCUGUCCAUAUUGGUAUCGCCAUGGGAACACCAGGCGAUAAAGCGAAAAUCAGCCAGGUAGUGGAGCCGUUCGAAGAGGCGGCACCGUCCCAGCAUCGGCCUCAAAGUUCCGCAGCCGCCGCCCCGCCACAGCCACCAGGCGCCGUCCCGAUGGGUCUGCCGCGAUUCGAGACGCUGGCGACGUCGGGCGUCGCGGCGGUGGCGGCGGCGGCUCUCGGCAAAUCGCCCGAGACGCCACAAAGCCCCGGUCAGAUCGACUUCUACUACUCGCACUCGAAGUACUAUCCGAGUGUGUCGGAGAAUGUGCACGGCCCCUUUUCUAACCUACAACAGCAACAGGAUGCCCUCAAACAAAAACCUCAGAAAACAUUCCCAGUACCGAGCAUGGACCAGCCGGGUCCUUCGGGCGUACAAACGCCCAAAACCAAACCGAUCGCGGCACCUCAAAGAUUGAAGAAGCACAAGAAACGUGACUCGUCGCCGGCCACGCCGAAAAAGACCUAUUCGUGCAGCGUGUGCCAGAAGAACUACGCGUCGUCGGAGAAACUGGCCAAGCACCAACAGACCCACACGCACUCGUCACCCUUCAAAUGCGACCACUGCAAAAAGGUGUUCACGUCCAAGUUCAAGCUGGUCAGGCACACGCUCAUCCACUCGGACAGCAAGCCGUUCGUUUGUUCGGUGUGCGAGAGGACGUUCCAUCGGAAGGACCAUCUGAAGAACCAUUUCAAGGUGCACAGCCCGUGCAAGGAGGUGUUCGCAUGUGACAAGCCCAACUGCAAGAAGGAGUACACGUCGGUGUUGAGCUUCAAGAAACAUCUGGCCAUACACGAAGCGGAAGAGGGGAAUCUCACUUGUCAGAUAUGCUCAUUCAAGUUCGAAACGAAAGAGGAAAUCAUCUAUCAUCUCAAGAUACACGCGGGCAGCCGCACCGUCAAGAACCCGGAGGAGAAGAAGUACACGUGCGAGCACUGCGACCGCAAGUUCUUCACCAAGAAGGACGUGCGGAGGCACUUGGUGGUGCACACGGGCAUGAGGGACUUCCUGUGCCAGUUCUGUCCGCAGCGAUUCGGCAGGAAGGACCAUUUGGUGCGCCACAUCAAAAAGUCGCACAACUUCAAGUAUCAGUCGGAUGAACAACAGCAGGCCACCACGGCGAAAGUCGACAAAAAGCGUUUACCGGAGACAGAGACGUCUUCCAGCGCGGACCGCUUCAAAAGCAACAUAUCGGAGAGCAGUAACGUGAGCAACGCGACCGAUUUUCACCUCGAGCUGCUCGACAAUCUGACCAAUAUCGACGAGACUCUGUUCCUCGAUCCGUCAACGUCUAACGAGGCGCCGCCCGAACUGCGCGACCUCGGCCCCAUCGAACUGGACGAGGAGAUACAGGCGGCCGGCCCCAUUGACAUCCCACCGUCGACGUCGACGUCCGCCCUGUUCGACGACUCGUUCGACAUUGUGGGACAAGUAACGAACGUGUUGGACGAUGUGGAGUUCAACAGACUGCUCAAGGAAGAGCCGUUGGAGGACGAAGACGGCGAGGCGAAGGAGAAGAAGCCGCUGCCGUCGUUCAGCAAAACCUUUCAGCCGCCCCCGACCUAAAGGGUGCGGAUGUGUGUUCUCUAAGCUGUGGUAUAGGGUUGGUGUUUCGUUCGUGGCCGGAAGGGAUUUUCUUGUUUCUUAUUCCGCGCUUUUACGUUCCUAAUAUGCAUUUAUGUUUUGAAAGGUUUCGUCCUAUUACAAUGAUGACAGAGUAAGUUGUUUGUUCGUUCUUUAUUCAUUGUGAAAUGAGAUGUGCAAUAUAAAAGUCACUUCUUUCACGGUAGAAAUUUGGGCUGCACUAUCUGUUGGGUUUUUAUAAAUAAGCCUUAAAUUUGUACCGUAAAAGAAGACGUUGCUGUUAUGAGUGAAACGUGUUGCAGAUUCGGUUUCAUAACGUUAAUUAAUGAACCUUUUUAACAAUUUGUCUUUAUAUUUUUUAAUAAGCAGCUCUAAUUGUGGAAAAUUAUGUCGAUAAUGUUCAUCAUAAGUGAAAACGAAAGUCCCCCCUGUUCAAAUCUUCAAACUACGUUUUAUGUUUGAAAAAUAGUAUUUUACGCCACGUUCGUAAUUCUGCCCACUUUUUAUCACAUCAAAAAUGUAGUAUUAUAUUUUAAAACGUGUUCCAAAACGGAAUUUAGUCAAAGUUUGUGUAGUUUACUAAGCCAUGUCAAAAUAUCUGACGUAUUUUAACCUUUCAUUUUGAAAUUAACCCUUUAAUUAUACAUAUAUUACCGAUUUCAAAUUGCAGCAUUUUCUAGGAACUUUACAAAAAUUCCCAAAUACUUAAAUCUAGUCAUAAAUUCAGUAAAAUCAACAAUCAACAAGUUCCUGUUUCAAAAUGAAAGAAUAAUAAAAUAAUUGUUCGUUCUAAAUGCUACACGACUCUAGAAAAAAUGUAUUUUUAUUGAUAACUACAAGUCUGCCAGGAGUAUGCAGUUUUUAAUACUUUUUAAUAAUAUUGCAUUUUAAUUUUUAAAUGUAAAGUAAAAUAUAAAAAGCCAUAAACGUUCAUAAUAUACAAAAAAAAUCACAAAAUACGUAAAAACUUCUUAGUAUUUGGAACUGGUUAGAUUGAGCAGUUCCACAAAAUUUAAACUUAUUAAUUUUAAACCUACCGCAAAAUUUAUUUUUAUUGUAGAAUCUCGCUCAAGCAUAUAACACGAAAUUAAAAAAAAAAAAAACGGAUGAAUUUCAGCAAAAUUAUUAAUUUUUGUAAUUCAAUUGUGUCAAUUCAGUAUGUUUUUAGUGUACUUAAGCUGUACUAAAACGUAGAGAUUAACGUGUACUUGUUUUCGGAGAGUGCAGCUUCAAGAGUAGCAAACUAAAAUUUUUACGAUAAGUUUUAACGCCACGAUCAUGAGAUUUUAAUUGAUGAGAUACCACACUAGUACGAUACAUAGGAAUGGAUCAAUAUUUCGCAUGAAUUAUAUGUCAUAAUAACAGAAUCUCGCAGGUUAUAACAAUUUUUACAUAUUAUCAUCGCGAAAUUUGACUAUAGUUGUAACAAAAACUAAUAAUUUUUAUUAUAUUAGAUUUGCAUUGGCUUUAAUCUGUUAAAUGUUGAAGUAUGAUUAUUAUUUAAAAUCCGUUUUUGUAUAGAUUGUUGAUUCCUAUAUAAAAUAUAUUGCUGUUAUAUUUUAUCUGUUAAAAAAAUACUUAGCGUUCCACUACACACAUAUUCCAUUGGACUAAUAUACAGGGCUGUAAAAGUAUCUACAACAAUGGAAUAAUAUAAAAAAUAUAUUCUAAAUUAAAUCAAACUUUAAUAAAAUAU